AUGAUGGAUUCCUCAGUCCUGAUCUUUAUUGUUUGCCUGGUGUUAUCCCUUCAAUGCUUCCGCCUCCAGGCUCUCCAGUGCCCUCCUGUGGCUACCCCAAGCAACAUCACCGAGUUCUUCUGCUCUUCCCCGUCCCUUAGCCACUUCCCAGCUGGCUUCCCUGAGCAGACGACCCUGAUCUCCGUCGAGUUCACAAACAUCUCCAGCAUCGGUGAGGAUGCGCUGCUGGGGUUGCCCAAGCUUCAGGAACUUCACCUAUCUAACAACAGGCUGGAGGACCUUCCCGGCGGCCUCUUCCGCGACCUCCCAGAGCUGCACACCUUGGAUCUCACAAGCAAUCUCCUGGAAGAUCUGCCUCCGUCCGUAUUUGAGAACGCCAGCUCAUUGAAUCAUCUGUUUCUCAAGAUGAACCAGUUGACCAAGUUGCGGCCACAGUGGUUCCACCCAUUAAGGAAGCUCCGGACCCUGGAUCUCUCCAACAACCAGCUAAAGGACGUUCCCCCCUCCUGCUUUAGCAAGCUGGAGAAUUUGACAACUCUGGACCUCUCCUCCAACUUCCUCCGCCAGCUCUCCCCACAGAUCCUGGAGGGGAUGUCUCUUCUGGAGAGGUUGGACCUAGGAGGCAACUAUCUCCACUCCAUCGCCGACAAGACCUUCCAGGAGGUCCCACGCCUGGGGUUCCUCUUCCUCCAAAACAACAGCUUAACCCGUCUCCCACCAGGAAUCUUCGAGCCUCUGAGGAAUCUGGAUACCCUGUUCAUCUCCGAAAACCAGAUCGCUUCCUGGGACCCUGGGUUCUCAGGCCAGCUCACAAAGCUCAGCCUCGACCUCGCCAGAAACCCAUGGACGUGUGAUUGCCUCAUGUACACCUUCGUGGACUGGGUGACGCGUCAUUCUGCCAUCCUGUACUCCAGGGAAGAAGUGGUUUGUGCCUCCCCCGAGAGCCUCAAAGGCCGGGUGGUGAUGACUCUCAAACAGGCUGAAUUUGGCGUUUGCUGA